UUGGAAGUUGUAAGAAACGACCGAAAUCUGUUGGUUGGCGAAAUCGAAAAUGCAAUGAAAUUGGGGGUUUAGGGUUCAUCAAUACAUCAUCAUCAGAUCAAAAUUUGUCGAAACAACAAGAAAGAAAGAAAGAAAGAGAAGAAAUGGGGAGUCUAGUGAAAGCGUAUUACCAGAUGAACCACAACAGCAUCCCCUUUCACCAUUACAGUUACAGGCCUUCCAACCUUCAAAACCCUAUCUCCCUCUUCGCCAUCACUUCUCCCUCCUCUGACCCAUCUUCUCUCCCUCCUCACAAGCAUCCCCCUCCUCUAUUCGGCGGCGGCGGCCACUUCAUCAUCCCCACCAUCGCCGUCGCUGCCUCCGCCUGGUUCUUCUUCCGUCUCCACCAAUACCCUCCUAUCAUCACCGCCCCUCUUGAUCUCCACCUCGAUUUGUUGGAAGAUGGUGCUAUCAAAGAGCUUCCUUUGGAGAGCAAGCCUCGUUAUGUUCAAGCUCUUCACUUUUACAAAAUCCAGCCAGGUACGGUCUUGAAACUCUUAGACGUUUUCGACUCCGAUAGCUACGACUCCUUGAAAGCCCGGAUUCGUUUAUCAGCCGAGUGGUUAGAAACUGCCAGAAGAGAGUUGGAGGAGGUGGUGGAGAGAGACCCGGGUCGGGUCAUGGAGUAUUCUCAGGUGGUUGAUGAGCUCAUGGAGAUUCUCAGGGAUAUGGAAGUUUACAUUGAUAAAUGCCAAAGGGACAACGUUAAGGGUUACCUCAGAUCCUGCAACCGAUUGCUUGCUCGUGUCAGGAGAAUGGAAGCUCAGAUUCUCAAUGUCCUCAAAGAGUUCCACCAAGGAGGAGGAGGAGGAGGAGGAGGACAUACUUUUUAGGGCUUGUCAUUAUUUACUUACCAAAGCUACGUCCAGUCUGAUUACUUGUGUACAAAUGACCUAACCAACAACUUCCUUCUUUCUGAACAUGAGAGUAGUAGGAGGAGAUUGCUCGGUUUUCCACAAUUCCUCUUGUUCUUCAUUUUUCUUUCAUCAUUUCAUUGUUUGUAUCCUUGGAGUUGGUGUUUCAUGUGUAAGUGGACAAUUGCUCUUAUUUAUGCACGAUUGCACCAUAUUUAUUUAAAUGGUUUUUCAGUUGCAAAACUCUCCAUGACACAUUCCCAGAGGAGAAUAAAUCAAUACAGGUUUA